AGUGUAGUGUUGGCCACACGCGCGCUGCACAAGAUGCUGGUGUACAUUACAGCGAGCUGCUGCUGCUGAAGUCCGUUACGGAGUACUCAAGAAAACUGUUCUCCUCGACAUGGACUUCACCGAUUCCGCUUGUAUGGAGCACCUGGUGAAAGAGUUGAGUUUGCUUCUCAAGCUUCUGGAGACAGAGAGCGUGAGUUCAGCCACGGCGGAGAAGAUGAGCGUGGUCAGAAACUUGGUCAAACAGCUGCAGCCAUCCGUGAAUGGGUCCGACUUCAUAUACAUGAACACGUCUCUGUAUGGAAAUGGUACCAGCUUUGUUGAAUCGUUGUUUGAAGAAUUCGACUGUGACCUGCAGGAUCUCAGGGACUCGCCUGAAGAGAUGAAAGAUGUGGAGCAAGAGGAAGCAUCCAAGCACCCGCCCACAAAAUCGAGUCCCACAGACACACCUCCUCCCCUUCCUACCACACCUCCUCCUGAUGAUUACUAUGAAGAAGCCGUCCCGCUCGGACCGGGCACAACCCCCCAAUAUAUAACUACUCGCAGUAACUCCAGUCCUCCAAACUCAAUAGAGGAUGCUUAUUAUGAAGAUGCUGACAACAAUUACCCAACAACUCGUCUGAACGGGGCCAGCAAAAACUCCUACAAUGAUUCAGAUGCACUCAGCAGUUCUUAUGAGUCCUACGAUGAAGAGGAUGAGGAAGCUAAAGGCAGAGAGAGGACGCACCAGUGGCCUUCAGAGGAGAGUCCAGAUGGUCAAAUGAAAGACUGCCGCAAAUGUGCUUUCCUGCUUCGCAAGAAACGCUUCGGUCAAUGGGCCAAGCAGCUAACGAUCAUCCGUGAGAACAGGCUUCAGUGCUUCAAGAAUGCCAAAGAUCGAACUCCACACGUUGACCUCCCCCUCAAUCUCUGCAACGUCAUCUACGUGCCUAAAGAUGGCCGCCGCAAGAAGCACGAGCUUCGUUUCUCUAUGCCGGGAGGAGAGGCGCUGGUGCUGGCUGUCCAGAGCAAAGAACAGGCCGAGAGCUGGCUCAAGGUCAUUCAGGAAGUAAGCAGCCUGGCAAACAGCAUUAAUGGAAAAGACAGUUCAUCCUCUCCGAUGAUACUGCGAAAAAUAGAGCUGGAUAAGAUGAUGUCAGCAGAUAAACAUACUUCUGAUUCUGACAGCGCAGCCAAUGGAGACGUCACCCGUGAGAUCUGCGAGAACGGGAAGGGCAAAAAAGGGACAUUCUCGGAGCUGACUGGUUCUAUGAGUCGAGCCGCUGGCAAGAAAAUCAACCGCAUCAUCAGUUUCUCCAAGAAGAAGCCGCCCCUGCCGGGUGAAACCAACACGCUUUCCCACCUGGAUGACAAUCCCCGUUGUGGCUACUUGAACGUCCUGGUCAACCAGUGUUGGAAAGAGCGCUGGUGUUGUGUGAGAAAUGGGACUCUGUACCUGCACAAGGACAGAGGGGACAUUCACACCCACGUUAGUGCAUUAGCCCUCAAUGGUGUAGACGUCUUGCCCGGUCUUGGACCCAAACAUCCUUUUGCCUUCCGCAUCAUGCGGGCGAGCACAGAAAUAGCCGCCCUGGAGGCUAGCUGUUCUGUGGAGAUGGGCCGCUGGCUGGGGGUUUUGUUGGCUGAAGCUGGAAGCGCGACCACCCCUGAGGCAUUGCAUUAUGACUACGUGGAUGUGGACACCAUCAGCAGCAUCCAGAAUGCAGCACGGCACUCGUUUCUGUGGGCGACCUCCUCUAGCAGCACCUCCACAGAUCCACGGACUUACGACGAAGUUCCCUAUGAAAGCGUGCUGCUAGAUGAAAGUCAGUCGAAACUGAAGCGCUAUUCCUCCAUGUCCAGUGUGGACACAGCCAAAGGUGACACACAGAUCACAGUGAAGCGACACGGUUCCUCUGUGAAUCACUACGGUAAAUAUGGAAAGACGAGGGCAGAAGAAGAUGCACGGAGGUAUCUCAGUGAGAAAGAACAGCUUGAGAAAGACAAAGAAGUGAUCAGGAAGAGUCUGCUGUCACUGCGCUCAGAAAAGAGGGUGGUGAAGCAAGAGCUGAAAAAGGCGUCUGAUAAACAGCAGAAAGCCUUGGAGCAGCAUCUGGCCCAGCUGGAGGAAAGCUGCCGCCAGAAGGAAGCCGAGCGAGUGGACCUGGAGCUGCGACUCACAGAGGUGAAGGAGAAACUGAAGAAGUCUCUGACUGGAGGAAUGCUGGGGGCGCCUGUGGAAAGCAAACCCACCGUCAAGGUUCCAGGCAAAAAAAAGGAAGAUAUUUAUAAUGGAGCCACCGUGCCGGUCAACUGUGCAUCUGAAAUGAAGAAACGCCCCCCGUCGAUAUAUGCAUCCUCCAAAGGAAAUGUCAUGCAGAAAGCCAAGGAAUGGGAGUCAAAGAAAGUGAAGUGAUUGUAACAUUUUCAUCAGAAGAGUUUUUUUACAAGAAUAGUUUACCCAAAAAUGAAAAUAUGCUACAGUUUUAUUCUCAGACCAUUCAGGGUGUAAUUUAGCUUUACAUCGCUCGCUCUCCAAUGGAUGCCUUGCAGUGAAUGGGUGCCGUCAGAUUGAGAGUUUAAACAGCUAAUAAAAACAUCACGAUAAUCCACAAGUACUCCACACGACUCCAGUCCAUCAGUUAACAUCAUGAGUAAACAAGGACAUUUUCAGGAGUUUUCAUUUUUUGUUAAACUAUUCCUUUUGAACAAAGAAGAGAUUGCGUCUGUGAUCGUCCUGUCUGUCCGCUACGCUGCACUUAUGCACGGGACGGGUGACCGUAUUUGAAGGUAGUCUGUAAAUAAAAAUUAAUGUUAUAUAAAAAAGUGCAUGAAGAGGACAAGGAUAAGGGAAUGUUCAAGAAACAAAAGUGUUUUAUAAACAUUUGUUUAAAAUAUGUGCCGAAUUAUAGGAACAUUGUGUUUUGUUAUCAUGUCUUUUUUACAUCUUACUGUAUAAUGCUACGGGACACUUAUGUGGCCUUCCUGCUGAUUUCUUUGUUCUGAGAUACAGUGUUAAUGUCUCUCUAUUUUACAUGUUGUGUGAAACUGAACUGCAUUUAAAGGAUUUUCCCUUUUGUUAACACUAGGGCACUUAAUUUACCAGAUUUAUUUAUUUCUAUUUUGUACAUAAAACCAGUUGAAAGAAAAGAAUUCUGUUUUUUUUUUCUUUGCAACUUCAAGGUAUUUGUUCGAAAUAAAAAGUGUGUUCAAAGUG